UCCCCCAACCCCUCCCCCCGUUCAUGGCCCCUCCGGACUCGGCCCCUGCGCCCGGGGCCCGGGCCCAGCCCCGCUGCGCUAUGCCUGAGUCGGGCGCGCCCCGGUCCGUGCCCCGCCGCCGUCCCCCGGCCCCCGCGUCGCCCCGAAGCCCGGGCCGCAGUCUGCGCCUCCCGCAGCGUCCCUGAGCCCGAGCCCGAGCCCGCACGCUGCCCGUGGACGAAGGUGCAGGAAGCGCGCGGGGAACUAGAUCGAAAGAAGGAGCGGGAAGGAGAGCGCAGCCGCCGCCGGGCCCUGCGCGCCCCGGGAGCGCCGCGCGGCCCUGCCCGUGGGCUCCGGGUGUCCGCGGGGCGGCGCCGCGGAACAUGACGGCGCCCUGGGCUGUCCUCGCCCUCCUCUGGGGAUCGCUGUGCGCGGGUUCAGGGCGCGGGGAGGCUGAGACACGGGAGUGCAUCUACUACAAUGCCAACUGGGAGCUGGAACGCACCAACCAGAGUGGCUUGGAGCGCUGUGAGGGUGAGCAGGACAAGCGGCUGCACUGCUAUGCCUCCUGGCGCAACAGCUCAGGCACCAUCGAGCUCGUCAAGAAGGGCUGCUGGCUGGAUGACUUCAACUGCUACGACAGGCAGGAGUGUGUGGCCACCGAGGAGAACCCGCAGGUGUACUUCUGCUGCUGCGAAGGCAACUUCUGCAAUGAGCGCUUCACCCACUUGCCAGAGGCUGGGGGCCCAGAAGUCACGUACGAGCCACCCCCGACAGCCCCUACCCUGCUCACGGUGCUGGCCUACUCGCUGCUGCCCAUUGGGGGCCUUUCCCUCAUCGUCCUGCUUUCCUUCUGGAUGUAUCGGCAUCGUAAGCCCCCCUAUGGCCAUGUGGACAUCCACGAGGACCCUGGGCCUCCACCCCCAUCCCCCCUGGUGGGCCUGAAGCCACUGCAGCUAUUGGAGAUCAAGGCUCGUGGCCGCUUUGGCUGUGUCUGGAAGGCCCAGCUCAUGAAUGACUUCGUGGCUGUCAAGAUCUUCCCACUCCAGGACAAGCAAUCGUGGCAGAGUGAACGGGAGAUCUUCAGCACCCCUGGCAUGAAGCAUGAGAACCUGUUGCAGUUCAUUGCUGCUGAGAAGCGAGGCUCUAACCUUGAGGUGGAGCUGUGGCUCAUCACGGCCUUCCAUGACAAGGGCUCCCUCACGGAUUACCUCAAGGGGAACAUCAUCACAUGGAAUGAACUGUGUCACGUGGCAGAGACAAUGUCACGAGGCCUUUCUUACCUGCACGAGGAUGUACCCUGGUGCCGAGGCGAGGGCCACAAGCCGUCUAUUGCCCACAGGGAUUUUAAAAGCAAGAAUGUACUGCUAAAGAGUGACCUCACAGCUGUCCUGGCUGACUUUGGCCUGGCUGUUCGGUUUGAGCCUGGGAAACCUCCAGGGGACACCCAUGGGCAGGUAGGCACCAGACGGUACAUGGCCCCUGAGGUGCUUGAGGGAGCCAUCAACUUCCAGCGAGAUGCCUUCCUGCGCAUUGACAUGUAUGCUAUGGGGCUGGUGCUGUGGGAGCUUGUGUCUCGCUGCAAGGCUGCAGAUGGACCUGUGGAUGAGUAUAUGCUGCCUUUUGAGGAGGAAAUUGGCCAGCACCCUUCACUGGAGGAGCUGCAGGAGGUGGUUGUGCACAAGAAAAUGCGGCCCACCAUUAAGGAUCACUGGCUGAAGCACCCGGGCCUGGCCCAGCUCUGUGUGACCAUUGAGGAGUGCUGGGACCAUGAUGCAGAGGCUCGCCUAUCUGCAGGCUGCGUGGAGGAGCGGGUGUCCCUGAUCCGGAGGUCGGUCAACGGCACUACCUCGGACUGUCUUGUCUCCCUGGUGACCUCUGUCACCAAUGUGGACCUGCCCCCUAAAGAGUCAAGCAUCUAAGGCCCAGGACAUGAGUGUCUCUCCAGACUCAGUGGAUCUGAAGAAAAAAAGGAAAAAAAAGUUGUGUUUUGUUUUGGAAAUCCCAUAAAACCAACAAACACAUAAAAUGCAGCUGCUAUUUUACCUUGACUUUUUAUUAUUAUUAUAAUUAUUAUAAUUAUUAUUAUUAAUAUUAUUUUUUGGAUUGGGUCAGUUUUUACCAGCAUAUUGCUCUACUGUAUUGCAAACAGCGGACACGUCAGCAGGCGUUGAGGUGCUGAGCUGUGAAUGCAGAACCAGCGCCAUGCUGAAGAGCCUCAGCCACCUCUUGUCCUUUGGGAUUCAUUUUUCCCACUUUCUCUUUGUUUGUCGUCUCAGAAUCUGUGACACAAAGAAACCCAUCUCCUGUCUUAGGAAACUUAAUGCUGCAAACUCUACUCGAGGAACCUUCGAAGACUGUUACAUAAGAAUAUACCUUCCUCAGCAGAGGCAUUUCCUCACCCCCUCUUUCCCACCACCUUUUUUUUUUGUUUGUUUGUUUCUCCUUUUUUAGGCAGUGAGCUUAAGAAACAGCAGAUGUGUCUUUCACGGAUCUAACGGGUGUUGUCCUGAUUGAAGAAAAACUGAGAUGUGGACGAGGAGUUUGGACUGGGGUUGGAAGGGGAGGAUGGUGCUAGGGUAGGGUUUGGAACAGAGCUACACUGGACUUGGGCACAUUUGGAGCAACAUCCUUUGCUGUGGAGGCUACUUCUCAGGUAACCAGGAAUCGAGGGCAAGGACUUUGUGGAGGCCGAGCAUUAAGGGCAAGUGCGGGGUUUGGAGAAAAUCUGAGAGCAGGGGCAGCUCUGACCCACCUGCUGGUCCUGACCAGUUUCAUUCCGCUGACCUGGGCUUGGCCUAAGAUGAAACAUUUUUUUCUGCUCAAAUUUUUCAGAUUAGGUGGAGGGCAGAAAUCAUCAUAGUUUAGUGAACAUUCUUCAUGUGACACGAUGCUGUAUCUUUAACGGAGGAAAUAGCGAAAUUGUUUCCUCCUGGGGUACUUCAGGGAAAUGCCCAUAGGGGAUGCCCUGUACAGCUGGGGCAAGAAAAUUUUCCUGGGUGUGCCCCACAAAGAAGGCCUGUCUCUCUGGGGACCUUGCAAGCCCUGCAGCUCUGGCUCAGCCCCAUGUGGUGACUUUACUGACCCCUUUCUGUGACUCGUGGACAUGGCUUUCUCCAGACCCCUUAAAGUGGUGCAUAUUCUAAAAAACUUUUUCUAUUAUGCCAUAACCUUGCUCUAGUCAGUGAAUGUUCCUAAUGCUGCUGUUUCAACAUUUCAAAACUUUUAAUUUAUAAAACAUGUUAAAUUUUUUUUUCAGACAAAACACACAUCCACAUAUACACACAUGCUUUGCUAUGUGGCUUCCGAGGUUUAAAUUUUAAAAAAGUAAAAGAAUUAAAACUUCACGACCACAGACCACCUCAAACCAGAAAUACCUCAGAAUUUCUACUUGUGUAAGUUUUAUUAUAUAUUUUGUUAGUUGUGUUGUCUUGUAGUAAGUAUAUUUUAAUGUAAGUUGACAUUUAUGACAAGGAUGUUUAAAAGAAAUAGAGGAAAAAGAAAAAAAGUUUGUCUUCUAGGGAGUACUACCAUUUUUGUUGAUAAAGCCCCCUUGUAAAUAAUUGUCAUCGAGGAUAGGUUGGCUGGCUGGGCUGAGUCUGGGCGUUCAUCACUAUUGUUGGUGAAGGCUCCUCCUCGUUUCCUUGGAUCAUUUUAUUUUAAAACAGUGCUUCUCUUAAUCUCAAGAGUAGGCAAGUUGGCAGGUGAUGGAGAGAAGUUGACCUGGGUAGACUGAAGAGGGCUGCCGCCUCCUGGGUUAUUAGUAAGGUCAGACGUUUCCCAUAACUUGACUGGUCGAUGUUCAGAAUAACAUGACCCCACUUUAACUGGGUAAAACUGUAACCCGUAGGCCCACAGGAGGUAAUUUUACUUGAGAUUAAUUCCUUCAGCAGAUGAGCAGUAGUGAUAUUGGGGGAGAUCAGUAGCACCAGUGGCCACACACUGUGUCCCAAGGGCUGUUGCUAGAACUGCGUGUCUGGAGUAGAGGGUCUGGGAGUCCACAGUGUAAUGGGCCUGACCACACGUGGGUGGCUGCUCCACUCGGUUGCUGUGUGUGGCAUCUGGGCCUUCUGCUUGGAGGUGUCCUUUUCUCGAGUGUUUGGGUACAGGGUGCUGUGGGAGGUCAGUUUGCUUCCCUGUCAGAGCUCAGUUUUUGCUUCAUGGGUCAAAGUGUGGACUGGCUGUGUGGUUACUGGGAC